UCCUGCUACCAUCAUGCCUCAUGAAUUGUGGGAUGACCUCCAAUACAUGGUUUUGGGUCGAGAUGACCCAGUAUUGCUCAUAUCCCACUCUGCUUAUGCUGGAGUUUUGGCUAAGAACCGAUUAAGUCUGAUUGGCAAACCCCUUAACUUGAACGAUCAACCGUUGAAGCGUGUGAUCCAGGAAUUACCACGUCUUUGGGGCUUAAAUACGCGAGUCCAUGGACGUAUCCUGGAUGAUAGCUUUGUACAAUUUCGUUUUCAACAAGAAGAGGAUAUGGUUUCAGUGCUGACUCAACAACCAUGGUUGGUUAAUGACUGGUUUGUGGCGCUACAAAGGUGGGUAGACUUCCCUGGUGAGGAAUUUCUUACGUUUAUAGACCUCUGGGUUCAGUUACGUGGAAUUCCCUUGCCUUAUGUUUCUGAAAGGACAGUCAGAUACAUCGCCAACACUAUAGGGGAUGUUGUUGCACUUGACUUCAAUGAAGACACUACUCCUCAAAUUGCGUUUCUUAGGGUCAAAGUUCGAAUUAUCUUCACAGAUAGGCUCCGCUUCUUUAGACGGGUCAGGUUUCAGUCCAGGGAGCGUGCUAUGGUGGGUUUUGAAUACGAAGGACUGACAAAAAUCUGCAGAAAUUGCAGCCGCAUCAACCACCAAUCUCGGUCUUGUCCCUUUCUGGCUCCGCCAGUUGGCCCUGAAGAGGAUGAUGAUGAACUUUUGGUCCCGGUGUGGGAGGAAGGACAUCGUUCUCAUACUCCUAGUCAUAGAACGGAUAACCAGAGCUCAGAGACCUCGGAUAUCUCAUCAUCUUCACCUAUCUCUCAACCUCCUCGCCACCCCUCUCCUUUCCACAACGACAUCCAAGCAGCUGCGGAGCAGCCUAUACUCAAUAUGUUUGCCACAAAUCUUAGGGGUAAGUAGGAAUCUACGGGCUCCAACUUUGUAAGAGAUUCACAUGUCAAUCACCGUUUUGAGGUUGGAGAGAGCUCUAAGAGAAAGAAAGGAAAUCAAGUUGCUCCAGAACAGGAAAGGAAUACUCGCCCUCGAAGGAAAGAUGUGGGAGUCAAGUUUUACACAGUACCUUCAGAACCUCCUUGAUUCUCUUAUUUUGUUGAUAACCAUCAGAGACAGAUGCUUCUGAUCUCUGAAUAGGCUUUUGUACCUUUUGGUUGUUUACAAAACUAGAGAAUAAAGUUCACUGUAUGGAUAUGGGGUUGUUUGAAUUUUUUGGUUGUACCUUAUGGAAGAUAGAAGCUUGAACAAAAUGGAAGAAUGCUGUCUUUUCUGCUGACUACUUUCUCAAAACAUUCGGCUACUAAUUCUCUGAAAGAUGCAGUUGUGAUGAGUAAGAUCUUAUCAUCCUCCAAGCAAAUGUUCGAAGCUCUAAGCUCAACUCUAAUCUCAGAUUGGAUGUUUGGUCUUAUUGAGAGAGAUAUGAUAUCUUGGUUCUUACCAUUUUGCAUCGAUUUGCAUUGGUAGUUGAAUGUCUUGGUACUAAUGUUGUAACUUUCAGUGUUUGAUCCUGUUUUAAUUUCAAGUUGUUUGUAAUGUGGAGCUAUCC